AUGCACUGUUUGGACAGGCAUGGGCAACCUGGAGUAGACUGGCCGAUGUGCUCAUCCCAUUUUGUACGGAGGUACCCGUCGGUGAAGAUCUUCCACAUUGACACGAUGCAGCACCGGACAGAUGACUAUACACCACUCGAUAUAAUUAUGACCGACUUGAAGAGUGUGAGGCAGCUGUCAAAAAAAGGCAUUUCUAACCUCUUCUUCAAGUACAGCACCUAUGACGGGAUCUACUUUGUGACACAACUUCUCGACCACCGUUUAAAUAUGAGGGAUGCAGGCCGUGGACUCAUGCUCCAUCAACCCGUGGGGAUGCAACAGACAUUCGGAUCUUUCUCUACCGCGAAGCUUCGGACCGAAGCUCUUCGGCGAAAAGGGUGCAAUCACCAGAAGAACGCUGGUCCGAGCAGCUAA